AUGUCACAAGAUCCCGAUCCCCGCCUCCUACCAUUCCACCACCUCCAAGCCCCCUACAAAACUUUUGUGGACAACAACAACACCACCCAACAAAUCCAAACAGACAUCCUCAUCCCAAAGACCAUCCCUCACCCCCCAAAACCCAAACCUCUCCCGAUAAUCAUCUACUUCCACGGCGGAGGCCUAGUCUGCGGCUCCUCCCUCUACCUCGACUGGUUCCCAAGCUACCUCCUCGAGCUGGCCCAAAGCACGCCCGCCGUGCUCCUCGCCCCGAACUACCGUCUGCUGCCCGAAGCCACCAUCCACGAGGUCUUCGAUGAUGUCCUCGACUUCUGGGCCUGGGUGCACUCCUCCCCCGCCGUGCCCGCGCUGCUCGCCAACAUCCCUUCACCUCCAAAUGCAUCGGGGAGGCUCGCAAUCGACCGCUCCCGCGUCCUUGUGGCCGGCGGAUCCGCCGGCGGGUAUCUGAGUCUCUGUCUGGCGCUGCGGUUCCCGGAGCAGAUCCGCGGCGCGGUGGUGGGGUAUCCUGCGUUUUUGGGGUUGGCGUCUUCUUUCGUGUCGGCGGCAGCGGGGGGAGCAGCAGCACCAGCAGAGGAGGAGGAGGAGGAGGAGGAGGCGGAGGCAGUAUCUUCCCUGGUGGCCCGGGGAGAUGAGGAAAGGGAGAGCGGGCUGAGCAGACUGAGCAAUGGGGAGGGAGUACCACACGGUGCCACCGGUUCUUCUGUCUCAACAGAAGAAGAAGAAGAAAUGCACCACCUCCUCAACAAAACCCUCACCCUCGCCACCCAGCACCGCAGCCCCGUCCGCACCUUCACCGACCUCCCGGACCGCCUCGACCUGAUGAACGCGGCGAUGCGCACAGGCCGGAUCGCCGAGAUGUUCGCGCGCGGCGUCGACCCGGCCCACGACCCCGAGCGGAGCCUGCGGUAUCCAAUGGAGAGGCUGGACGAUUCUUCCAUCAGCAUCCCGCGGGGCGGGAUCGCGAUCUUGCAUGGGCGGGAGGAUGAGGUUGUGCCUGUGGAGGAUAGUGUACGGUUCGUGGCCAAAGCGAAGAUGGUUUUGCGGGCUGAGGAUGCGGGGAAGGUGGUGGUCACGGUCAGGGAGGGGGGCCAUGGGUUUGAUACCCCUGUGGGAUUGGGGGAUGGGUGGUUGUGGGAGAGUUUGGGGGGAGUGGUGGGGGGUUGGUUGGAGUGA